AUGACCACUUCUACUGUUUUGAGAGUAAAGCGGCGGCUUGAGGAUAAUCCUCAGAAUGCUUUGGUUUUAAACUGUAAACGAAUUAAAACCGAUACUGAAGAGAUUUCGCCUUCACUGUUCGUUUUUCGAGGCACUGUUGAUAAUCAGGAUACAAAUCAAGUAAAAGACAUUGUUCCAAAAUACAAUAUUAAAACUACAAACAACGCCAAUGAUAUAAUAGAAAAGAUGCGCAAAGAAAGAAAGGAAACGUCAAUGGAGAAUCGUUACGAAUUUGUCAACUGUAGUCGGGGAUUAAAUUCGAACGAUGAGUCAACUGAAGAUACUUUUAAUCUUGUCGACUUUCGGCAGAAAACUGUGAGUGAAGAAGAUAAUGUGAAAUAUGCUUAUGAUUUAUACACAGCCGCUAAGCAGGACUUUGAUAUUUCUAUGAUUGAUCAUCUUGUAAGCAUAGAAAAUUAUGAAACGGAUUUAAUAUUGGGUUCCUAUCGAGACAAUGGUCGGCGGACCCCUUCAUCCGAUGGUGCUGAUGAUGACGAUGACUCCAAUGACGAGAAUAACUGGAGAAAUGACUAUCCGGAUUCAGAACCCAGCAGUUUUGACGAGGAAGAUAUGAUACAGGCCAUGGCAAAGUGUGACAUAGAAGAUGAUCUGUCCAGUGAUACGGGUGAAGAUAAAAUCUAUGAUGACCCUCCUGAUAUCUUCAAUGAAGACGUGAAACUGUAUGGCGCAGCUUACGCUAAAUACAAAGUAAGAGUACUGUCUGAAGAUCCAAAUCUCGUAGAUAACAGGAAUUUAAUACAUAGCACCAGGGUUAAGGAUAUGGAUGAGGAGUCUAUUGACGGUUACAAAGAUGAUAGUGACGAUGGAUUUUAUUAUGGCCAAGACGAAGAUACCGACCAGUUUAAAGAACAAUACGAUAAAAUGGAUUCAGAUGAUGAGUAUAGUCCGGAUUGA